AACCAAUAUAAGUGUCUAAUUAUUUCCUCCGUAUCGUCGCACGUAAGAAAUUACCUACAGGGUCCUACCUACUCCUACACGCCUCUAAUCCGCAACUUGAUCUGUUAGCUAGGAUCGAUAUAGAAAUUUUCUUUGGUGCUCUUCGAGCAGCAGAUAGUACAAGCGGUGGGUUGGAAUCUGCUGCAGAAUGGUGGAGGGGAGACCUAACAAAUAAAAUUGGUUGAUGCUAGCACGGCCCCCCUUCCCCCAUUACUGAAUGUGUUCUGCAGCGCAUUCCAGACCACCAAUGGAACAGCACACUAAUGACAGUUAGUAUUGAUAUAAAGAAUUUCAGCAAUAUUCAAUGAUCAAAUAAAAAGAUUCGACAUUUCGAGAGCUGAACGUAUUGUUCCAUUUCUGAUAAGUUGUCUUCUAAACAAUAAUGUCAAAAAAUUCAUCGAACAACUCGGAAAUGUUGGAUAAAUUAGAUUGGAUUCAAGUACGUAAUAAUCUACAUGAACGCUACCAUGUCGAAUCCUUUAAAGAAAAGGUAGUACGUAAAACGAAAGAAAAUCCUCUAGUACCACUAGGUACCAUAGCAACUAUAAGCGCUCUAACUUACGGAAUUUGGAAUUUUUAUAAAGGAAACACCAAAAUGUCUCAGUACAUGAUGCGCGCGAGAGUAAGUGCGCAAGCAUUCACACUUAUUUCUAUGCUCCUUGGACUUGCUGUUGCAGUAAAAAAACAAGAGAAAUAAAAAAAAUAAAAUAAAAGAUGGAAUUGUUUAUCCUCCACGAGCAAUACAUCAAUACAAACAUGCAGUCGUCUUUUUGUAUACAUGAGUUUGAAGUUCAACGUACGAUUUUAUAGUAAAAGUUAUUUCGUAUUUAUUACACUAAAAGAAAUACAUAAAUAAUAUCCUUUGUAGUACGUACAAUAAAUGUACAGGGUGUCACAAAAUUAUAUGAUACAACCACGACAUGUACGAAAAAUUCCGCCCGCAAAAUCGUCCUUGACAGAACAUUUUCAGGAUUGCAUCGUACUAACUAUAAAGAAUAGAAGUUUCAAAGGAACCGUAUGUCGCAAAUCAAUCGUUCUCUUAAAAAGUUCGAUUAAACUUUUAUUAAUUAAGAUAUUGACAUCUUCAAACUUUAAAGGAAAAUAUUGAUCUUUACGAUCGAAUUUGUAACGCGGUCUGCACAUCGCCGACCUGACCUUGCCUACAUUUCGAAGUCAGUUGAACCCGAGAAUCCAAAUAGCGUAUUAAAACAGACAAUUUAAGAUGCAUACCAAAGAAUGAGAUUGUAUCAUGGAUUUCUGGCUUAAUGUAGGGAACAAUUUAAAAAUAAGACUACGGGCAUGUUUAAUAGCUGGUAGUCCUCGUGCAGAAGUAAGGAUAAAUGCAUGUUUGGUAAAGCAGAAGGCGAAGAAAUUAAGGUGAACGUGAAAUUUCGGUUAAGACGGAAUUUAAAAAUAUACAAUCAAUUAUUUAGAAAAAAGUUUUCUCAAUUUUCAGAAUAUUUUCCUUCAAAGUAUGAAAAAUGUGAUUUUGUUAAUUAUUAAAACUUUAAUUUUUCAAGAGAACCUUGACAUAUAAUUAUGUGACACCCUAUACAAACUACAGUUCAUGUUUGUAAGAAUGCGUAAUAUAGAAACAUUUUGUAUUACCAAUAUUUUACCGUUCUUAUAUGGAAAUUCAUCUAUAAUGAAUUGUAUUGAAAAAUCUCCUAUGUGAAUUGUGCGCAGUGAUCGAAGUCUGACAGUCCAGGCCUAGGGUUGCCGAACUAAUAUCUGCAAAAUUAUGAUGUUUGAAUUUUACUAUUCUUUUUGAAGCAGAUAAUCUCGUAACAGAUUGCGAGUGAACGGGUUCUGUAAAAUAGUGCAUAAAAUUAUUAAUUGUUUAAAUGUAA